UGACGUCACGGGGCAGGGCUACAUUGAAUAUUCAUUGGCGCGUGGCUGGGAGCGCACGCGAGCUGAGAGGAGAACAGAUGAACGAGAGCGGCUCCGCUGCAGUGAGGAGGAAAGACGAGAAAUGAUGCGUAAAUCACCACAUUUUCACGCUUGACACCGAGACAAGUUGCUUCGGCCGGACUCAACUCAUCUAAAUAAAGGAGGCGUUCACAUCCGCAGAGCUGGAGCCGUCUGAAAACAAACUGUAUUAUUUUUAAUGAGUUGAUUUGAAGACUUCUUCUGUCCAUCUGUCUUUAAAGAGCAGCAGACAGACCCAGACAGUCAUGAUGGAGUCUAUCUUAGACAGUUUAACAGCGGAGAAACUCUAUUCCUCCGGAGGAACCAACCUGUUGGAUCUGGAGGAACUCAGCGACGGUGAUUUUCUCACUAAUGUGCCUUUUUCAGGUGACCAAAUGGAAGACUUCAGCAGUGAGCUAUUUAACAGUUUCUUCGACGACCAUCUGUUAGAGCGCCCCCUGUUGACAGAUAGACCCUCACCCCUGCACAUUGACAUGGAGAGCAACCCAGAUAUCCAAGGAGAGCACAGCUACUCUUUGAGUGAAGACUCCGCCCCCCAGAGUCCGGCCCUGUCAAUCAAAAUGGACCAAGAGUCUGAAUUUGACUGGAACUUCAGCCAGGACCUGUCCUCCAUCCUAGUGAAACAGGAGGACCCUGAUAUCGGCCAAAGGUUAGAUCCUCAGCAACUAGAAAGCCUGCCUCUCAUAUUAAGCCCUGAUCCUCAGACAGGGUCACCGUGGAGAAACACAGAGCGCCGGCUAGAUGAUGCGAAGCCUGUAGCUAUUAAGGACGAACCUGGAGAAAAUGGACAGUACCUCAACCUGCCCAGCGAUGAUGCUCUCCAGCUCCCGCCCACCCCUCCCAGCAGUAACCAUGGCGACAGUGACGGCUCACUACCACCGUCCUCCCCACACCUCCUUCUGCCACCAUCCUCGCCCCAGCCACAACAGAGGCCAGGAGGUCGUGGAUCUUCCUCUUCUUCCUCAUCAGCCAUCUCUUCCUCACCUCUCCUCACAGCACCACAUAAGCUGCAGGGCUCAGGACCUCUCAUGCUGACAGAGGAAGAGAAGAGGACCCUGGUAGCAGAGGGUUACCCUGUGCCAAACAAACUUCCCCUUACCAAGAGCGAGGAGAAAGCACUGAAGAGAGUCCGACGGAAGAUUAAAAACAAGAUUUCAGCUCAGGAGAGCCGCAGAAAGAAGAAAGAGUAUGUGGAAUGUCUGGAAAAGAAGGUGGAAAAUUACACGUCAGAGAACAGCGACCUGUGGAGAAAAGUAGAGAACCUGGAGACUGCCAACAGGUCUCUUCUACAGCAGCUGCAGAAGCUUCAGUCUCUGAUUUCAGGGAAAGUCAUCCCCCGUUCGUGUAAAAUGGCCUCAACUCAAACAGGAACAUGCCUCAUGAUGAUGGCGUUGUGUUUCGUCCUGGUGUUGGGCUCCUUUUCUCCUUGUCUCUCUCCCCUAUCUUUUUUCACUCACUCCUCCUCUUUGUCCUCCUCAUCCUCUCAUUCUUCACCUUCCUCUCUUCCUUCACCAUCAGCGGACCUCUACACGACCAGUCUGGUCCGCUCCCGCAGCCUGCUCUUCUAUGAUGAACAGGCUCCCCUGGAGGAGAGUUUGGUGCCCUCAGAAGGAGAGAGGCAACAGUCAGAGAUCCACUCUCACAUCCAGACACGUCGGCAUACGGCUGACGCCCACAGCAACCAGACAACCGGGCCCAAAUUAGACCAAAGAGAAACCAAACCAGGCGGAGUCUCCGAGUUUUUCUGACUCUUGUAAUUUCUUCCUGCUCGCCCACUGAAGCGCUCCAUCAGCUGGUUCCAAAUCGACAGCCACCCUCUUAUUUCCACAUCGCUCUGUCUACUAAUCAGACCAGCUUCAAACUCCACAUCAGGCAUCCUCCAUCUUUCCAUUAUACCUGAACACUCUGGGUGUAAACAUCCACCCUGUUGUUGGAAUUGUUGUUUUAAUGCACUAAAAGUCUAAUCCAAACCAACAAACUCAUUUCACUGAAUUUAGCUGAACAAUGCCUUGCAGACGUACUUAACAUCUUGUCACAUAACCAUAAACUUAAUUGUAUUUUAUUGGGAUUUUACGUGAUAGGUCAGCACAAAAUUGUGCAUAAUUGUAAACUCCAGUGCAACUUGCCUUUAGAAGUGAGCAAAUUAGUUAAAGGGAUAUUUAUAAUUUUGAAAGGGACUAAAAAGGCUAUUCCUAUUCAAUCAUUACAAUCAGAUUUUUUAAUUAAUGAUUUCAGUAUUGCAGACAUGCUUGUAGCUCAGAUGGCAGGGGGGUAAACUCAAAAAUCUAUUUCAGAAAUGUUUUUGAAAUUGGCUUUUUGUAUUUGACUUUCAAAGCGAUUCUUUAGAUUGUUUGCUUAUAUUAGUCAUCUUUAUUGAUUUGUUACUUGUUUUUAAAAAUUAUGGAUAAAAAGCAUUAGAAAGCAGCAAAAUAGGCUUUCAGAUUCCAGUUCUCAAACCCAAAAAGGAUUGGUUUGAAAUGAUAAUAAUGAAAUAAACAGAAAAAUAUGCUGAUCCCAAUGUUUAAAAGUAACAAGGUUUACUUAGAAGACAUUCUUAAUGAUCUGAUGCUACAGAUAUUGAAGCAGUGCCAUUUUAAAAGUGCCUUCCACGUUCUGCUGUCCAGUAUGGCCCAUUUCACUGCACACCUGAUUCAAAAUAUAACAACUAUACAGUGGGUUAGUGUACAGAGUUUUUAUUUAUGAGUCACCAUUUCCUAAAUCUGCCGUAUGACACAGAGUACAGGUUCAGGAUUUGCAAUUUAUUGGCUCAGCAGUCACCGCCUACUGUGCUCUCCAACAUUAGAGCUGCAAGUGGUAAAGGUGUGUUAAAUGUCUUAGUUGUGAUGGCAGCCUGGUGACCCUAAGAUGCCCCACCAAAAUGGUAUGCUCUCUUGUCUUUCCCACUUUGAAACAUCUAGGAGAAACUGGCUACCGUGUCAUUUUGUCAGACUUUCAAAAAAAAAAAAAUAAAUAAACAAAUUAUAGGGUAUUUUAUAAUUCAUUAAAGCAUUUUUUCACUUCUA